AUGAAGUUUCCUGUUGCUUUCCUCUUUUCUAGUCUUGUUACAUUUCUGAUUCCCCGCACCAUCUGUGCUUCCAAUGAGACCGAUUACGAGGCGUUGUUGCAGUUCAAGUCGAUGAUCACCAAUGAAGAAGCUCUAAGCUCAUGGAACGCUUCCUUUCAUUUCUGUAACUGGAGUGGUGUUUCAUGUGGGAAACGCCACAGAAGAGUAACUGCUUUAGUACUGGAGUCGCAAGGCCUACAAGGCUCAUUGUCUCCUCAUGUAGGCAACCUAAGCUUCCUUGGUGUGUUUUCUCUCAAGAACAACAGCUUUAUUGGAAUGAUUCCUCAUGAACUUGGUCGUCUAUCCAGGCUAAGUGGCCUCCAUCUUGGCUCUAACAUGUUCAACGGAGUCAUCCCAACUAACUUGUCUAGUUGUUCUAACCUUGAAUUGCUUUCACUUUAUGACAACAUGCUAGUUGGGAGCAUACCCAAAGAGUUCAGAUUCCUCUCCAAACUUACUUCUAUUCUAAUUGAUACUAAUAAGUUAACAGGUGGAAUCCCGUCCGCGUUGGGGAACAUAACAUCACUGGAUACUUUCUCUGCUGCUGACAAUCCAUUUGGUGGAAGCAUUCCAGACACCUUAGGUCGUUUGAAAAGCUUAAGAAUAUUUUACUGUGCUUACAGGAAGCCUUCCCUCGGCCUUAGGUGCAAUGCUCCCUCAUCUUCUAUCACUUCAAAUACGGGAUAA